CGGUAAAGCGGGUACUCUUCGCACGUGUUGCGAUUUGCGUGUUUUGGGUUUUCGGGCACUUUCUUUCGAGCAUUUCUCGCUUUACUCGCACUGACCAUGGGCAAAUUCCGUUCGAAGCUAAAGCGCCAUGGGAAGGGGAAGACGUGGGGCAAGGGCCAGUCGGCCACCUCGAAUCCCGACCAGAUGAAGCACCGCCUGAAGGCCAAGUCGCGUUUCUUCCAGCCCAACCUGAGUUUGGCCGCUGCCACGCCCACCGGCCUCACCCUGGAGGCGGUGCACAAGCACGAGCAGCGCCAGGCGUUCAAUGCGGAGACCACGACGGUCAACGAAGUGGCCGGCAGCCUGCGAAGCUUCCGGCUGGACGACGAAGAAGACAUGUCGGAAUCAGGGGGCACCGCACCCAGCGGCACCUACAAGACCUUCCAGACCUUCGCCUCCAACUACAGCAGCUGCAGCAACACGAGCUUCCGCAAGCUGCUCACCGGCUUCCGGGCCUCCUCGGAUCUGCACAAGGAGAUGCUGGCCAUUUUGAGCGCCCUCACCGAGAUAAUCCGCGAGAGCGGCGGCGGCGAGACGUCCACGGAGUACUUCCUGCUGCUCAUGGAGCAGAUCGAGGCGGCCAGCGAGGAGCGGGACAUUGUGGCCGGCGUGGCGCUGCUCUCCAUGGGCAUUAAAUCGGUGCCGGCUGCGGUGCUGAGGAAGCGUUUCGCCCAGACGGCGGCCACCAUGCAGGCGCUGCUCCAGCGGUUCGUGGAGGCCACCAACCAGUCGGUGAUUCGCUAUGUCAUUGGCUGCCUGUCCGUGCUGCUGCGUGCCCAGGACUACGCCACCUGGACGUACAGCUCCACGUUCCAGUACUUCGAUGCCCUGCUGGCCUUCAGCAUUCACUCCAAGCCCAAGAUCCGCAAGGCGGCCCAGCAUGCGGUGGUCUCUAUCAUACACGGCAGCUGCUUCAUGUUGCCAUUGGCUAAGUCUGAUGAGGAUCAGGAGGAGAAGGAGCAGCCGAAGGUGAAGAACCACCCUGCCAGCAGCCGGGUGACCAAGUUCUGCCUGGCCCAGUUCAAGCCGGAGGUGCUGGCCAAUGCCCAGACGACGGUGCUCCACACAUUGGCCCUGCUCAAGGACACUCUAGCUGGCUUCCGCACGGAGGACAUACGCAGCGUGUGCGAGCACCUGCUCUCCAUCAUGACGGCGGCCAAUGUGCUGGUGCGCACGAACUGCUUCCAGGCGCUGCACGCCCUCUUCCUCACGCGCAGCCCGAAUCUGAAUGCCUCGCUGUGCGCCAAGCUGCUGGCGGCCAUCCACGAGUAUCGGCCGGAUCGCAGCGAUGUCCGGCAGACGCUCGCCUGGGUGACUGUCCUGAAAGAGGGCCACCUGCACCUGGCCACCCUGCAGCUGGAUCUGUGCAUGCAGGCGCUGCCCCGCCUCGUAGAGAUCUGCACCACGGACCUCUGGCUCUCGGAGCGAACGGAACUGGUGGUGGGCGUUUCGAACUGCAUCAAGGAGCUGCUGCAGGACUGCGUUGCGCGUGCCUGUGCCACCGAGGAGGAGGCCCAGCGCAGCAGGCCCAGUGUGGCCAGGAUAAUCGGAUCGCUGCACAAGGUCCUGAACGCUCCCUUCGGCGAGAUCUCCAAAUAUGUGAUCCUCAUCUUCUCCAUUGUCUUUGAGGCCUGCGGCAGGCAAUUCGGGAAAGAACUCACUCCCUCGCUGCUCACAAUCGCCAAGCGCUACGACAGCCAGAGCGGCCAUCGCCUGCAGAUCGAGCACACGCUGAUCAGCGCCAUCAAGGCUCUGGGACCCGAACUCAUCCUCACCGCGAUUCCACUGGCCGACGGCAAGGGCGGCAUGCAGCUGGAGCGUUCCUGGCUGCUGCCCCUUUUGCGCGAGGGAGCCCACGGCGCCAGUCUGCAGUUCUUCAGGGAGAAGAUCGUGCCGCUGGCCAUGGACUGCCAGCAGAAGUGGAAGGAGUUCAGCGAAGCGAAGAACAAGUCAUCGUCGCACAUCUACGAGCUGCUCUGCUGCCAGCUGUGGGGCCUCUUUCCCGGUUUCUGUCGCCGCCCAAGGGAUCCGGAGUACCUGCGCCAGCUGGCCCCCACUUUGGGUGCCGCCCUGGAGAAGAAUCCCGAGUUCAGGGCCCCCAUUUACGAUGGUCUGAUGGAGCUGCUCGACGAGAGUCAGAGUGCGGAGUGCCAUCAGGCGAUUGGCCAGUAUGCCAAGAACUUUUUGCCCCGUCUGUUUAAUAUCUACACCCAGAAACCGAGUGGAACUUACGAGGCGGAUCAGCGGAAGCGCGUGCUGGACGUCAUCCGCUUGUAUAUCUCAAGGGCGCCGGCUGAUGUGCAACUGCAGCUCUUCGAGAACGCCCAGGGACAGCUGGCGGCCAGUGCGGUGGCCAGUUUCGAGUACGACGCCCUGUUCGACAUCAAUGCGGCCAUUGUGCGCGUGCAGAAGUGCAAGGGCAUCGAGGCGUACUUCGAGAAGUACAUGGCACCCAUUCUGCGGAACGACAAGUCCAAGUUGGUGGCCAAGGAUGAGCAGAAGCUGAAGAAGCAGCAGAGGAAGACCUACGAGCUCCUGCGGGAACUGAUGACCUCGGAGCUGGCGUCUUGCCAGAAGUUCACCCGCAAGAACAGCAUCGCCCUGCAGCAAAUCCUGCUGGAAGCCUUCACCACCAGCUGCAAUGUCUGCCAGGCCUCGCGAUUGUACUGCCUGAAAUCCCUGAUGGAGUGCCGCAGCAACCUGUCGUACAACGAUCAGCUGGUGAUGAAGGCCAUUCCCGAGGCAGUGCUCAGCUACAAGGAGUUCUCCACGCGCAAGGAGCAGGUGGCCGAGCAGCUAAUCAAAUCGAUCACCCAGCUGUACCAGGAUGCGGGCAAGAUCAAUGACUUUGUGGACAUAUUGACGGCCGGCUUUACUGGCGACGAAUCGCUGGUGACCAACACGAUCCUCGCCUUUCGGGCGGUGCUCCAGCAGCAGGGACAGCAUCUCACAGUGGCCACGCUCGAGUUCGUCCUGCAGCAGGUCUCCGUCUUCCUCGUCCAGAAGUCGCGCAAUCAAUCGGAGGCAGCCGUCGCCUUUCUGAUCACCUUCAUCAAGGUGAUGCCCAUACCCCUGGUGGCCAAUCACCUGGAAACGAUUAUGCGCUCCCUGUCCGCCAUGACCAAGGACACGAAGCGCUACUGCCGCAUCCAGAUCGGCUACUUCCUGAAGAAGCUCUGCAAGCGCUUCAGCACCGAGGAGCUGGCCCGCUUCGUGCCCGGCGACGACGAGGUGACCCACCGGCGGCUCAAGAAGAUCCGCAAGCAGAUGCGCCGGGAUACGCGCAAGAAGCAGAGCGAGGAGGCCCAGGCGGAUAGCUCCGACGAGGAGCUAGUUGGCGGUCUGGAGCAGAAGAGCUAUACCAUCGAUGACAUUCUGGCUGACUCCGACUCGGAUCUGCCCGAGGAUAUGGACGCCGAGGAUGAAAGCGGAGUAGCUGGCAAGCGGGAGAAGAAGUCCAAGCAGAAGAAGAGCACUUACAUACGCGAGGAUCCCGAUGAGAUUGUCGAUUUGGCCGAUCUCAAGUCUAUUGGCAAUGUUUUAACUAGUGGCUCUGCUCAAGCGGCUGCCACCGCCAAGAGCCUGAAGACGAAGCCCCAGCUGCCCAACGGCGGCUUCAAGACGGCCGACGACGGACGCCUGAUCAUCAGCGACAAGGCUCUGCGCGGCCAACGAGGAGGAGGAGGAGGCGGCGGCGACGAUGAGUCCGACUCGGACUCCGAUUCCGAUGCAUCGAUGGGCGAAGCUGGAGGAGCGGCUAAGGAGCCCAAGGCCAAGCGCGGAAUGGAGGAGGAUUCCAGCGACGAGGAGGAGCUGCAGCAGCAGCAAUCGAAGGCCGCCAAGCGGACGCGCAAGGCGGGCGAUGCGAUGAGCAUGAAGUCCGGCAAGACGACGGCCAGCAGUCGCUACACAGCCGGCGGCAAGGGCAUCCAUCGCCAGCUGGCCGGUGGCCAAUCGGAUGCCAUGUCAGUGAAGUCGGGCAAGUCGGCUGGCAAUGAGUACAGCAGCAAAAAGGCCAAGGGCGACAUGAAGAAGCGCGGGCAACUGGAUCCGUAUGCGUACAUACCGCUCACAAGGAAUAACCUGAACAAGAGAAAGCGUUCGCUGAACUCAAGGAAAUUUAAGAGCGUCUUGCGAGGAGCAGGCGGUGAAGGAGGAGGAGGAGGAGGCGGCGGUCGGGUGUCCAAGAAAUACAAAUAGAGAGGCCACUAACUGGAUCGUAAAGCUAUAGAGAUAUAAUAUAACGACUGGAUAGUGCGGACUGCUGAUAAGCAAGCCGAGACGUUGAUGAUUAUUUCCCUUCCCUGUUACCUUGCUUAAAUAUAUAAAUAUAAUUAAUUAUGUAUGCUUGCGGAGGGGGUUGUAAAUGCCAGAGAUAAACUAAAGCGAAAACAGAAUAGUCGGGUAUUAAGUGACUAUGAAUAAAAGUGGAAAAUGUAGCCUACAUUAUAUGGUUAAUAGUUAA